AUGCCCUGCUGCGGUGGCCAGCGAGAACAUUAUGGCGACCUUAGGGCUGAACAAAAAUGGGAAUACAUUAAUCUUGACGACUUCAAGUCCACCUCGUACUGGACACCCUUCGCAUAUGGCUACCUGCUUGUCAUGUUUAUAGUUUCGCUUUCCGUUUACGCUGUCGACUCCUUCACUGCCGUCAAUCUCCUUGCUUUCGAUAAAUGGGCCGGUCAGAUCAAACCAGAAAUCCCCCUAAAUAUCUCCCGAUGGAUCUUUGCCGGAUGUAUCAUCCUCUCCUUCGUGUUGCUCUUUUAUCGAUGGGUGCGCGCAAUCAGGGUCAUGAGGCAGGGCGGAGUUGCCAAAAGCUACUUGGACCCAUUGGCAGUUCGAGUCCAGUGCAUCCGCUGGGGAAAGGCAAGAGGGUGGAAGCGCUUCCUUGUUUUCGCCGAACUCACCAAAAGUAGGAAAGGGGCCGACUAUGUUGCCUUGUUCACUUAUUUCUCCUUCGAGGCCUGGCUUCGAAUCGUCUUUGCCGAAGGUCCUCGACAAGUCGUCAACGCUAUCACCCUAUACUCAGUCAUGAGAUUGAACCUAAUCCCCGAAGGUGACCAUGCCGCACCAAAGGGCCAGUCUCCCGUUACGCAAUUCUUUGUCAACAUUGGUAUUCUUGCAGGCAAAAACCAUUUACAAGCCGUUAUCCUCUUCGGCAUGCUUUGGACGCUCCUCAUUUGGGUCUUGUCUGUGCUGAGUCUUAUCAUCUCAAUCAUCCUCUACCUUGUUUUCCUCUGGCAUCAUAUUCCUUCAGAUGCUGGUGGCUUAGGGGGUUAUUGCCGGCAAAAGAUUAACCGACGAAUGGACAGAGUUGUCAAAGUCAAAGUGGACAAGGCAUUAAAGAAAGAGAACGAAAUACGAGCUCGAGAGGAGGCGAAGGCUGCAAGAGCAGGCCUGGAUAUCAAGAAACAACCUACGCUCCCCAAUCUUGGAGAUCCGUCCGAGAACGGCCCCUUCGCUGAUCUAUCUCGACAGACCACAAUUUCGACGUUGCCAGAGUAUUCGUCUCGACUCGGGACAGAUUCCACUAACAACUCUACACCCACGCUGCCCACUUUACCCGAUAUAUCUAACCGGCCCCCAAUGCCAGUGAGGACCGCGACACAUGGUUCGGCGGCAUCAUGGUCCAGUUACAGCUCAAACGCACCGUUGAUGAGCGGGGCAGGAGAUAUGGGAUAUGCCCCUGACCGGGCUCGUACUCCUAGCGGAGAUAACAAUGGAUCAUGGCCUGGAAGGCCCGGGCCGCCGAAUCGAAGUUUCACUGGUCUAUCACAGCCUCCUCAGCGAUCUUUCAGUCCGGCUCUACCACGACCAGGCACAGCUCAAUCGGACCGGAAUGGGCCAUCUUAUGCCCUGGAUCCUUUACCACGCCCGGGUACAAGCUUGUCAAACAGCUCGCGCAGACAUCCAUCCGACUCAAAUAGUGCGCUUCCAUAUCCAGAUGAUCGAAGCACAACACCGUCAAGUCAGCCUCCUUCUUGGUCUGGACCGAUCUCGGACAACCUGUACGACAACAAUGGUCGUCGAACACCGGCUGCGGCCAUGGGUCCAUCCUUUGCAGGAAUUCCUGAAGAAGGCGGCAGAAUGUCUCCCUUACCAGGAUCUCGGUACCAAAGCCAAACCCCAGUCCGCGGAUACCCCGAGAGAUCUUUUACACCUAAUGGUAGUAGUCUGCCGAGGAGCAUGACGCCUAAUGGUAAUGUUCUGCCCAGAGGUAUGACGCCUACAGGGAAUCCCACUCUCCCCCGUCUACAAACCUCACAGUCACAAGGAGGGUAUAUUCCCUUCUCAGCAGAGCCACGAUCUACCACACCAGCAUCGUCAAUCCCACCGAGUGCUACAGUGCGAAUGGUCGAGCCAAGUAGAAGCUACAGUCCCUUUGAACAGGGCGGAGCUCCUCGGGGCCAUUCACCACCAUAUCCACAAGGGAAUCGUGCACCUCCACAACGACAGGAUAGUGGGGUAGAUGAUAUUUUGAAUCAUUAUUGA